GGGCGUUGCAUCAGUUCGGGCAAGCGCGUUGCAGCGUGGUCGCGGCUCUUCUAGGCUGACGGGCCGAGGCCAUCAGCAACAGAAUGGUACAACAAGUUCCAGAAAGCAUCAAUUUUCCUGCUGAAGAAGAGAAAAUCUUGCAGUUCUGGUCCAAAUUUGAUUGUUUUCAGGAAUGCUUAAAGCAGUCAAAGCAUAGGCCAAAAUUUACCUUCUAUGAUGGACCUCCUUUUGCAACUGGACUGCCUCACUAUGGACAUAUACUUGCAGGGACAAUUAAAGAUAUAGUUACAAGAUAUGCUCACCAGAAUGGGUUUCAUGUUGAUCGAAGAUUUGGAUGGGAUUGUCAUGGUUUACCUGUGGAAUAUGAAAUUGAUAAGACACUGGGAAUCAGAGGACCAGAGGAUGUGGCCAAAAUGGGGAUUGCAGAAUAUAACCGUCAGUGCCGGGCAAUUGUGAUGAGAUACUCUGCCGAGUGGAGGUCUACUGUUACCAGACUUGGCCGAUGGAUUGACUUUGACAAUGACUACAAAACUUUGUAUCCACAGUUUAUGGAGUCUGUCUGGUGGGUCUUCAAACAACUGUAUGAUAAAGGCCUCAUUUAUAGAGGUGUGAAAGUCAUGCCCUUCUCUACCACAUGUAAUACUCCUCUUUCUAACUUCGAAUCACACCAGAAUUACAAGGAUGUUCAAGAUCCUUCAGUAUUUAUAACUUUCCCUUUGGAGGAAGAUGAAAAUAUAUCUUUAGUUGCUUGGACAACCACUCCUUGGACUCUGCCUAGUAACCUUGCUUUAUGUGUUAAUCCUGAUAUGCAGUAUGUAAAGAUUAAAGAUGUUGCCAGAGGAAAAUUGCUCAUUUUAAUGGAAGCUAGAUUAUCAGCCCUCUAUAAAUUGGAAAGUGACUAUGAGAUCCUUGAAAGGUUCCCUGGUGCCUAUCUCAAAGGCAAGAAGUACAAGCCCUUGUUUGACUAUUUUCUGAAGUAUAAAGAGAAGGGUGCUUUCAGUGUGCUUGUUGACCACUAUGUGAAGGAGGAAGAAGGCACAGGGGUUGUGCAUCAAGCCCCUUACUUCGGUGCUGAUGACUAUCGAGUCUGUAUGGAUGCCAACAUUAUUCAGAAAGACUCAGUCCCCAUUUGCCCUGUGGAUGCUUCAGGCUGCUUCACAGCAGAAGUGACAGAUUUCAUGGGACAGUAUGUGAAGGAUGCUGACAAAAAUAUCAUCAGGACACUGAAGGAACAUGGCCGACUUCUUAUUGCCAGCACUUUCACUCACAGCUACCCGUUCUGCUGGAGGUCAGAUACCCCACUCAUUUACAAAGCGGUGCCCAGCUGGUUUGUGCGCGUGGAGCACAUGGCGGACCAGCUUCUGAAGAACAACGACCUGUGUUAUUGGGUCCCAGAGUUUGUACGAGAAAAGCGGUUUGGAAAUUGGCUAAAAGAUGCACAUGACUGGGCAAUUUCCAGAAACAGAUACUGGGGCACCCCCAUCCCACUGUGGGUCAGUGAAGACUUGAAGGAGGUAGUUUGCAUUGGAUCCAUGGCAGAACUUGAAGAACUGUCAGGAGUAAAGAUCUCAGAUCUCCACCGAGAGAGCAUUGACCACCUUACUAUUCCAUCCCGUUGUGGGAAAGGCUCAUUGCGGCGAAUCUCAGAAGUAUUUGACUGCUGGUUUGAGAGUGGCAGCAUGCCCUAUGCUCAAGUUCAUUAUCCAUUUGAAAACAAGAAGGAGUUUGAAGAUGCUUUUCCUGCAGAUUUCAUUGCUGAAGGCAUUGACCAAACCAGAGGAUGGUUUUACACUCUGUUGGUGCUGGCCACAGCCCUCUUUGGACAACCACCUUUCAAGAAUGUGAUUGUAAAUGGACUUGUCCUAGCAAGUGAUGGACAAAAAAUGAGCAAAAGAAAAAAGAAUUAUCCAGAUCCAAUUAUGAUCAUCCAGAAGUAUGGUGCUGAUGCACUCAGGUUAUAUCUGAUUAAUUCCCCUGUGGUGAGAGCAGAAAAUCUCCGCUUUAAGGAGGAAGGUGUGCGGGACGUUCUGAAGGAUGUAUUGCUCCCCUGGUACAAUGCAUAUCGUUUCUUCAUCCAGAAUGUCAUGAGACUUCACAAGGAGGAAGAAAUAGAAUUCCUUUACAAUGAGAACACAGUUAAAGAAAGCCCUAACAUCACAGACCGAUGGAUCCUAUCCUUCAUGCAGUCACUCAUAGGAUUCUUUGAGACUGAAAUGGCAGCUUACAGGCUUUAUACUGUAGUGCCUCGCCUGGUCAAGUUUGUGGAUACUCUCACCAAUUGGUAUGUCAGAAUGAACCGCAGAAGAUUAAAGGGUGAAAAUGGGUUGGAAGAUUGUGUCAUGGCCCUGGAGACCUUGUUCAGUGUCCUACUUUCUCUGUGCAGAUUGAUGGCUCCCUACACUCCAUUUCUCACUGAAUUGAUGUACCAGAAUCUAAAGAUGCUCAUAGACCCUGCUUCUGUCCAGGACAAGGACACACUGAGUAUUCACUACCUCAUGCUGCCACAUGUUCGAGAGGAACUGAUUGACAAGAAAACUGAGGGUGCCGUGUCUAGAAUGCAAUCUGUCAUUGAACUUGGACGGGUGAUCCGGGACCGCAAAACUAUUCCAAUAAAGUAUCCUUUGAAAGAAAUUAUUGUUAUCCAUCAAGAUCCAGAAGCUCUUAAAGAUAUCAAGUCUUUGGAGAAGUAUAUCAUUGAGGAAUUGAAUGUUCGAAAAGUUACACUAUCUACUGAUAAAAACAAAUAUGGCAUUCGACUAAGGGCAGAACCAGAUCACAUGGUCCUUGGGAAACGUCUAAAGGGGGCCUUUAAAUCAGUGAUGAUGGCCAUCAAGCAGCUGAGCAGUGAGGCGCUGGAGGAGUUCCAGAAGAGUGGAAGCAUUGUUGUGGAAGGCCAUGAAUUACAUGAAGAAGACAUACGCCUCAUGUAUACCUUUGACCAAAGCACAGGUGGGAUUGCACAAUUUGAAGCACAUUCGGAUGCUCAGGCUUUGGUUCUAUUAGAUGUCACCCCUGACCAGUCAAUGGUAGAUGAAGGCAUGGCUCGGGAAGUCAUCAAUCGCAUCCAGAAACUUCGCAAGAAGUGUAAUCUGGUUCCAACUGAUGAAGUAACAGUUUAUUAUAAGGCAAAGUCUGAAGGAUACCUGAAUAAUGUUAUUGAAAGCCACACAGAGUUCAUAUUUGCCACCAUAAAGGCUCCUUUGAAGCCAUAUCCAGUCCCUACAUCAGAUAAAAUCCUUAUUCAAGAACAAACACAGUUAAAGGGAUCUGACCUGGAAAUUACACUCACUCAAGGAUCAUCACUGCCUGGUCCUGCUUGUGCCUAUGUCAAUCUUAACAUUUGUGCAAAUGGCAAUGAACAAGGUGGAGUAUUGCUUUUGGAAAAUCCAAAAGGUGAAAACAGAUUGGACCUUUUAAAGCUAAAGAGUGUUGUUACUAGCAUUUUUGGUAUUAAAAAUGAAGAUCUGGCUGUCUUCUGUGGUAACUCAGAAAUACAAAAGCAAACUGACCUACUGAAUCUUAGUGGAAAAACACUUUGCGUGACUACAGGAUCCACUCCCUCUUCAACCAACAGUCCUAGCAGUCUUCUUUGUCAAUAUAUUAACCUGCAGCUCCUCAAUGUAAAGCCACAAGAGUGUUUAAUGGGAACAGUAGGCACUCUCCUGCUUGAAAACCCACUUGGGCAGAAUGGACUCACCCAUCAAGGUCUUCUGCAUGAAGCAGCCAAGGUAUUUGGCCUUCGAAGCAGGAAGCUCAAGCUCUUUCUGAAUGAGGCUCAAACACAAGAAAUCACAGAAGAUAUCCCCAUGAAGACUUUGAAUAUGAAGACUGUGUAUGUUUCUGUAUUACCAACAACUGCAGAGAGCUAAUACUGUGUAAUUGCUGUGGUACCGUCAGCCUUUUCCUGGUUCAUACCCAUCCCUUACAUGUACAUACACAUCGACUCACUGAAGAUACUUCCUUAGGUGCAUGACUUAUAUGCUCCUUUUGGCCUGAAACUGAAGUGGGAUUAAGUGACUUGAAACUUUACAUAACGAUCACACUUAACCUUAAAUACCUAUGCAGUUACGUUGGGAGAAGGUUAUACUGUUACCUCAGCACCACAAUUUCUGUACUUAAGUUCUUAAGCACAGACAGUAGACGUGAUUUCAAAUGGCAUAGUAUAUAUAUAUGUGUUUAUCAUUUUAUGGACUUCUCAA